CAAGGGAAACCAUACGUAGAAUCAUUUUUGUUGCUAACGAUUCAUUCAAGGGAGACUCUUCCAAGUUUUCAACGCAGUUUUGAAAAGUCGGAAUAAAUAAUAAAAGAAACCUGAUUUUCCAACUAUCCCUGCUGUACAUCAAUCUCCAUUCUGGAAGUUUCUGUCUGUAGUGUACUUCGCAUUUCGGAAUUUCCCUUCCCAAGGUCCCGUUCCUUGUGUCACCUGCAACCAGAUACAGCGGGCGCUCGAUUUCAUUUACUGCGGGAAAUGGAGAACACGGCGAAUUUGAGAGAGUGGUUUCAGCGAGUCGACUCGAACAACAAAGGGAGCAUAACUGCUCCUCAACUCAAGAGUGCUCUAGCCGUUGGCAACCUGGAUUUUCCUCUCUCUGUUGUUGAGCAGAUGAUCAGGAUGUAUGAUUUCGAUAGGAAUGGAACAAUGAGCUUUCAAGAAUUUCUUGCCCUCAACAAAUUCCUUCUUAAGGUUCAACAAGCUUUCUCAGACCUCGAAAGGGGUCGUGGUUAUCUUGUUCCUGAUGAUGUUUAUGAUGCAUUGAUGAAAGUUGGAUUCUCCCUCGACUCUCCAGCUUUUUACACAGCUUGUGAGAGCUUUGAUCAAAAGAAGGAUGGGAGGUUCCACCUGGAUGAUUUUAUCUCACUCUGUAUAUUCUUACAGUCUGCUCGGAAUCUUUUUAAUUCAUUUGAUACUGCUAAGCAGGGCCGAGUGACUCUGGAUUUUAACCAGCUUGUUUACUGUGCUGCCAAUUGUAGAAUAUGAAUCAAGAUUUUGAUGAUCACCAACGCCAACUGAUGUACAUUUCAUACACUGUUGAGCUAGAAUUGUAAUUAUCAUCAAUUAUCAAGUUGUUCUUUGCUGUUAAUUACAGGAAUCCUGUGACAAAAAUGUACUCAAAUUUGUUGUAGCAAAAAUAUGAUUGAUUAUAUGGAGAAUCUUCUGUUAUUCUGGGGA